UAAAAGUUACUGAUUGUGUCCAAAGUUCAUCUUUACCUUAGAAGAGACUGACAUGGAAACAGGCAGCGCUUUCCCAAAAAUAUGUGUAGUCUGAUCGUGUCACUGUUUGCAAAGGUUCUUUUUAUCAUUUGUCCUCCCGUCUUUUCUCAGCUGAAGCCAAAAAGGAUAUUGUAUUCCUUCUGGAUGGUUCUGAUGGAACAAGGAGUGGCUUCCCCACCAUGCGCGAUUUUGUUGAGCAAGUGGUGGAGAAACUCAAUGUGGGUGUAGACAAAGACCGUGUCUCUGUGGUCCAGUACAGCAGAGAUGCAGAGGCCAAUUUCUAUCUGAACACGUACACUACAAGAGAGGAUAUUGUGGAUGCAGUCAGAGGGCUCAGACACAGAGGAGGCAGACCACUCAACACAGGGGCCGCGCUCCGAUACGUCAGGGACAACGUCUUUACAAACUCUUCAGGGAAUAGGCGCCCGCAAGGUGUUCCACAGAUCUUGAUCCUGCUUAAUGGUGGGCGGUCUUCUGACAGCGUUGAUGUGCCAGCCUCUGCUCUUAAACAGCAGGGCAUCUUUACAAUCAGCAUUGGAACACAGAACUCUGACAGCAGCGAGCUGAAAAAGAUAUCCCAUGACCCAAGUAAUGCUCUAGCAGUGUCUGAGCUCACUGACCUCCCCAGUGUGCAAGAACAGCUCUCCUCUGUAAUAAACAGGGUACUCAGAGCCGCCACGCCCAUGACACCAACAGUAACUGGUAAGCGAGCUCUCCAUCCCAAACACAUGAAAAGUUGACUGUUAUUCAAAUGUGUAAACAGACUUAGGUCGACAUUUUUUGAGGAGAUAGUACAUUUUACGGUCUUAAUACGUCUCGUGUUUUGUUUACCACAGCGGAUAGAACAGGAAGGGAUGUCGUUUUCUUGUUGGAUGG